AUGUCUAACAAAGAUUCAAAUCCACAGUUUUCAUUUACUCUGUUCAUCGUCUUCUUCCUGCUUUCGUCACCCGUCUUCUGCUCCUCUUCUGCCAAGUCUUUGAAGAAUGAGGAGGAUUUUUCCGGUACUGGUGGGGGGUAUCUAGUGAGGAGAGAUCAGAGGAGGGCGUUGGUUCAGACAGAGUACGGGGAGAUCUCGUCCAUUGAUGUCACCGACGGACGGAGCGGGCCGUACCAUGUUCAGUUCAUCACCCUGGAACCCAACUCGCUGUUCCUUCCGGUGCUUCUCCACUCCGACAUGGUCUUCUAUGUCCACACAGGGAGUGGGAAUUUGAAUUGGGCUCAUGGAAAGGAUGAUCAAAUCAACAAGGUUCCUAUAAAGAAGGGUGAUAUCCAUAGACUGCGGCCCGGCUCUGUGUUCUUUCUGCAGAGUGAUUUACAGACUGAGCGUCACAAACUUAGAAUUAAUGCAAUCUUUGUAAAUACUGCUGAAGACGUAUAUGACCCAACGAUAGGAGCAUUCAGUGUUAGGGACCUGGUCCGAGGUUUUGACACCCAAAUCCUUCGGUCAGCUUUUCAGGUUUCUGAAGAAGUGAUCGAGUCGAUAAUAAACUCGACAGACCACUCAGCCAUUGUCCAUGCAGUGCCAACAAAGAAAGAAACCUUCUGGGAUUUGGAUGCUCGGUUCUUGAAAACCUUUAGGAAUGGAAAUGAUUUCCUUGCUGCACUAAACAAGAAGAAGCAUAAGAAAGAAAAAUCAAAAACUUAUAAUAUUUUUGAUGAGGUCCCAGAUUUCAAGAAUUGUAAUUGUUGGAGCACCACCGUGAAUGAGAGGACCUCGCCUUUAUUGUCUGGAUCAAACAUUGGUCUAUUCAUGGUGAACUUAACCAAGGGUGCAAUGAUGGGGCCUCACUGGAAUCCAAGGGCAACUGAGAUUGUAGUUGUGUUACAUGGGCAAGGAAUGGUCAGGGUGGUUUGUGCUAGCACAGCAAAGAGAUCAGAGUGCAGAAAUUUGAGGUUUAGGGUUACGGAAGGAGAUGUUUUUUCUGUACAUAUGUUCCAUCCAAUGGCUCAGAUGGCAUAUAAGAACGACUCGUUGGUGUUUAUGGGGUUCAGUACUACAACAAGGAGCAAUUAUCCUCAAUUUUUGGCUGGGAAAUAUUCAGUUCUCCAAACUCUGAACAGAGAGAUCUUGGCAGUGUCUUUGAAUGUCACAAGCACCACUAUCGAUCAGCUUUUAGCUGCACAGGCAGAAUCAAUCAUACUCGAAUGUACUUCCUGCGCCGAAGAAGAGGAGAAAGUAAUGAUGGAAGAAAUUGAAAAGGAAAGGGAGGAAGAGGAAGCUAGGAAGAGAGAAGAGGAGGAGCAGAGACAGAGAGAGGAGGAAUCAAGAAGGAGAGAAGAGGAAGAGGAGAGGAGGAGAGAAGAGGAGGAAGAAGAGAGGAGGAGGAGAGAAGGAGAGGAAGAACACGAGAGGCAGAGGCAACAGCAAGAAGAAGAAGCACAAAGGGAGCAAGAAGAGGCAGCUAGGAGACGGGAAGAGGAGGAAGACAGAGCCCGGCAGGAACAAGAAGAGGCAGAGAGCGAGCAAGAAGAAUCUAGGAGGCAACAACAAGAGGAGUACAGUAGAAGAAGAGAGGAAGAGGCCCAAACAGAGCAAGAAGAGGCUAGGAGACAACAAGAAGAAAUAGAAGGAAGAACCAGACAAGAGGAGCAACGUUUUGAAGGUUAAGCGGGAAGAAGAGAGGUUUGAGUGUGUGGAAAUGUCUAGGUAAUGUGAACAAGAGAAUCUCUUGUGCUGCCUUCUAUCAGUUUUAUGUUUUC